AUGCGCACGUCAUUCGUUCCGGACGAGUACUGGCAAGCAAACGAGGGUGGGGCCAGCUUCUAUGGAACACAUCCUUGGUCGUGGUAUUGGUUUCAGGGUUUACCGGUAGUGCUGGGUGUGCUGUAUGUUGUCCUUCCCAUUGGGCUGAUCCUUCUGCAGCGAAACGGUGUGCGCACGCGACCGCUGUGGCCGCUUGUUGUUGCGUGUGUGUAUGUGCUGGUAUUCAGCCAACUCCCGCACAAGGAGUUUCGGUUCGUCUUUCCCGUCAUCUACCUCGUCUUGCCGCAUGCAGGCCUCAUCCUCAAACAUUGGCGCAAGCAUGCCCGCGUUGUGGUGUGGACUGCGCUGGUCAUUAACAUCCCGGUGAUUGUGUACACGCUGCGUGUGCACCAGGCCGGGCCAGAAGCUGUGAUGCAUUAUCUUCGCCACCAACACACGCUGUACGGUGAAACGACGAUACAGUUCAGCACCUCUUCCACCACACAGCCGCACCAACUCUCUGUUCUCUUCCUCACAGACUGCCAUCCAACUCCCUUCUACAGCUACAUGCAUCGCAACGUGACGAUGGUGUUUGCUGAAUGCCCGCCCCCUUCGCUGGGCCCAAACGAGAGCGAUGCGUUGCACGCUGACCCGCUCGCCUGGCUCAACGCCACCUUCCCGCCGCCAUCAGCAACACCAUCGCCACCGUUUCCCACAGCACCGCAUGUGGGCGCGCAAUCGCCGACGUUGUGGUCGCUGCCACGCUUCAUCGUGGCAUAUGCGGAUGUGCUUGGCGUACAGGCCCGCCCCUGGCUGGAGCAACACGACUACCGGCCCGUCUACUGCGUUGAUCACGCCCACUUUCCGCAGUCUGAUCGCGACGGCCGCAUCAUGUGCGUGUACACACGCGCACAGCAGACAGCACCGGCCAAAGCACGAGCAGGCAAUGCGGAGACGCACGUGUGGGUGGAGUUGUGAUGCGACCUUACUUGCGCACGAGCUGACUCGUGCAAGGGUUGCACGCAAGAUGAGAAGGAAAGCUUGAGGCACGCACGCAUACAUGCAUGCAUGCAUGUAUGUACGGCGGCGGCUACGUUACAUCCCCAGCAGGGUCUUGUUUGCUUGCUUAAUUGGCACACGGAAGAUAGACAAUAAUAUGCACGA